AUGUUAGCUCCUGCACACCCAGAUCCAGCUCCUCACACCCGGGGGAAGCAGGCCAACUACCGGCAGUUGGCUAGCAUUCGUCGUCGCCCGCCUCGGACUCGUCCGCAGUCUCCUGCCGUUUCGCUCAAGGCCCACGAGUCCCCUCUUGACGGCACCGAGCCAUCCGCCAUUCUCCCAGUGCAGCCUGCAGAUUCCGCAACCCUGGAUUGGCCGGCAACUUAUGCGAAGUGUCUCCCCUACAACAUGGCGGUUCAAGCAGUCAGUGCAACCGUCCAGAUGGAAUUCCGCAAUCGCCUCCUAGCCUUCAGAUUUGUCACCCCUUUCCUCAGCGUUUGCAUACACGGCUUAUGGAGUAUAUGUGCUCCGCAGUCUCCUGAUUUCCUUACACACAUUCUAUAUAACCACUACGAUCACGUAACAGCAGGGCAUCGGGGUCAGAAGAAAACGUCCCUAUCUCUCAGCAAGCUUUACUAUUGGCCCGGCAUGCGCGCUUACACUACCGCCUACGUAAAGUCCUGUACGCAGUGCCGCGCCUCCAAGUCCCUCAACGACAAGCCUGCCAGCCUUCUCCAACAGUUGAUUGUUCCCUCCCGUCGCUGGAGCCGCGUCAGCUUGGAUUUCAUUACCGACUUCCCGCUUACGAAGACGGGACAUGACUCUGUCCUGGUGUUGGUAGACUCCCUUAGUAAGAUGGCACACUUCUUCCCCGCGAAAAAGAUAUUCACAGCCGCAGAUACCGUGGAUGCUCUCGCCGAUCGCCUUAUUCGUUAUCAUGGGCUACCUGAGGCCCUCAUUUCGGACCGUGAUCUCCGUUUCCAAUCAGAUCUAUGA